CAGUCAGUCAUUACGGGGACAGUAUGGAGUUCAGGUCUCUCUCUGUGAUACUCUUGCUGACUGUCCUCAUCCACAGUGGACAAACAGGAAAUCCCAAACCGACUGUGAGGGUGGAUCCUCAGAGCUCUGUCUACACUGGAGACACAGUUACUCUGACCUGUGAGGUGGAGUCUACUGGAUGGGAGUUUCUCUGGUACAAAGACUCUCAGCCAAUACAGCCUCAGAGUCCUGUAGAUAAAAAGACCAACACAGUCAGAGUAACAGUGUCUGACGAAGGAACAGCAGAGUUUAAAUGUGCAGCACGCAGGAAAAACUACUUCUACGACUACAGUUACCAACGCUAUGACGGCUACGACUACGACAACAGUAAGAAACGCUAUGUCUACUACAACGUCUACAACACACAUCGCAGUGCUCCAGCCGUGAUCACAGUUACAGCGAGACCAAAAGCUACAGUGACAAUACACCCAGCUGAUCCUGUGUUCAUCGGAGAGACAGUCACUCUCACGUGUGAUAUAGGAAGUGGACAUCAUUGGCAGUAUGACUGGUUUAAGGAUAGUAACCCUCUCAGUGAAGCUCAACAGAGGAAGGAAUACACCAUUUCUAAUGUUGCUGUGUCUCAUAGAGGAGUUUAUACCUGUAACGGAACACAGUCAACACAGCCGCGUUACUCAGAGACCAGUGAUGCUGUUACACUGACAGUAUCAGAAAAACCUAAACCUGAACUCACAUCAAGCCAUAAAGGAGCUGCACUGAUAGGAAAUCCAGUGGUUCUGUACUGUGAGCUGGAUCAGUCUGCUGGAUGGAGGUUUUACUGGUCCAAACACACACAGAGCCCUGAGAAUGAGACCAAGCCUGAAACACACUCCUACACCAUCAGCUCAGUCAGUGUCUCUGAUGGAGGACAGUACUGGUGCAGAGCUGGGAGAGGAACCCCAGUCUACUACACUCACUACAGUGAUGCUCUCUGGAUAAACGUCACUGGUACGACUCGUUCAGACUCUCUGACAGUCAGUCCCAGUAGAGCUCAACAUUUUAGUGCUGGCUCUCUCUCACUGAGCUGUGAGGAACAGAGUAACUCUACUGGAUGGAGAGUGAGACGAUACACACACAGUGAGACGGUGUCAGAUUGUUCAUCAGGCCUGGGAUCAGUUACAGGAUCUACAUGCAACAUCAGCUCCCUCAGCACAUCCCAUACUGGAGUGUACUGGUGUGAGUCUGAAUCUGGAGAGAGCAGCAAUCCUGUCAACAUCACAGUGACCAAUGGUGCUGUGAUUCUGGACAGUCCUGUUCAUCCUGUGACUGAGGGAGAUCCUCUGACUCUGCGCUGUUUAUAUCGUGACCCAAAGCCCUCAAACCUCACAGCUGAGUUCUAUAAGAAUGGAUCACUCCUCCAGACUCAGACUACAGGAGAGAUGACCAUCCGUUCUGUCUCAAAGUCAGAUGAAGGUCUCUACCACUGUAAACACCCAGAGAGAGGAGAGUCUCCACAGAGCUGGAUCUCAGUCAGAGAUGAAUCUAAAUCAGGAGCUUCAUUCUCAGUGUUCAGUCUGCUCAGUAGUUUAAUGGCAGCAUCUCCGUAUCUGCUGGUGUCCAUUGUGCUGAUGGUGAAAUGCUACAGAGCUCGAGCUAAACCUGAUGAGCUGAACUCAAUGUGACCCUUAACAGAAGCUGGAGCUGGAGAAAGUUUCUUUGGUCAUGGUUAUGAUCUUGUGAGAAGCCCAAGUUUGCGGUUUAGCAGUUUGCAUGGCUGUGCUUUACCUUUCAUAGUUGAGGAACAUGUUAAACCCCAAUUAGAGAUCAUUUCAUCUGGUAAGUCAGUAAUAGAGGUUUUUAAAUAAUGACUCCACUACCCUGUAUGAUCAGUUGAUAUAUUUGCUUUCCUAAAUUCUUUGUUUUAUUGUUAUUACUGUAACAAACUUUCUGCUGUCAGCAAAAAAAGAAAUAUGUAGAAGGUCUUGAUGCAGGUUAAUAUAAUAUUUUUGAUAUAUUUGAUAACUCGUAAAUUUCAUUAUGUGAGCUACAGUGUUCAAUCCCUUUUUUAAAAAUAUAUUUUUGUUUUAAUUUUGUUGUAUUUUCCUCUUAUUUCAUUGCCAGUCAUAUUCAUCCUUCACAGCUCUUUGUUUCAAAGGUAAACAAAACUGAGAUGUAAUUCUGUUCUGUCGGCUUUAGUGUUUAAUAAAUAUUAAUAAUAAUAUAUUUACAGUUCUCUUGUAACAAACUACCCCUCCUGGGUCUCUGCUGCAGUGCACAUGUGCUUUGGUUUGUUUUCUUUUCUGGCUCCACCCACUCCUCCAUUUCACACACCUACAGUUGAUCCUGGACUCAUUGGCACUAUUGAUCUGCAUUAGCUGAGCAGCAGUUUAGUCUUGAAACAGGUUUGGUUAAACUGGUAACAUCAGGAGUCCAAUAAGCAACUUUUCAUCAAAUUAAACCUGACUGCUCUGUCAAAACAAGCACGAGCCUAAAUAAUCCUUACUAAACACCAGCUAAACUGCAUGUACUGUCAAAUUACUUCAUGAUCAGCUCAACUAAAAUUGUGUACAGUGCUGUGUCUUUUGCCACUUUCCAGGAAUAAAGUUCAUGUUAGGCCUCAAAACUAAUGUAAAUAGUGUAAUGUAAUGUAAAAUGGGGGUUUUCCUUUGGUGUCUUUUAACAAAGUUACUCAAAAUAAGUGCUUGAUGUUGUUUUCCCACCUCAGGCUGUAAAAUCAGAUACCAUAAGCAGUUUUUUUCUGAAAUGUACUGCAUUUUGAUGACCCUGUAAUGAACUUUUAUGGAGCUGUAUAAAUGGCAUUUAAAAGCCUGUUUCAACUAAAUUCAUUAUUUUUCUAUAAAAUUCAUAUAAUUAUGAAAUACAUUUAGAAUAUUUCAAAUAAAAAAAAUU